ACCAUGUACUCAAUUCAAUAAACGGAAAGUUACGUCUAGCGUUUAUUUCUGGAGCGACACUUCUUCUCAGGCCGCGGAGGUAGUUGGGCUAAUUGAUGGGCUGCAGGAAUUAUGUCGCUUGAGGAUGCGGGCCCAAAAACCGGGUGUGCGUGUUCGGUAUCAUGGUAUCGCUUGCGUUCAGCAUGGAGUCGACCUAACCGCAAAUGCACCCGGCGCAUCAUGGGCGUAUCUCUUCAUUAUCGUCCUGGGAUAUUUGGGGCCUGCUUGUGCAUCAGAGGUCUGCGCCAGUAGCCUUCGGACAGGCAAUGGAAGCCUACCGGAAGAGUGUAGCGCGCACGCCCAGAGACAGCAUCAUAGAUGCUCCUGCUGAGGCCGUUCCCGGGCUUCGCGGUGUAGCCUCAGACUCCGAACAGAGCACUGGCACCGGGAGUCUGCAGUAUAGUUACUCACAAAAG